AUGCGUCCCGCCCUCGCAUCAAGCGUGUGGACAGCCAUAGCACGAGCUUCCACAUCAACUACACGAGCCGGUCCAAGCACCAGGAGCAUCGCAUUAUCGUCCACUCGGAGCGGAGGUCAUGUCAAGUCUCGCUAUUGCACGAAAGCCCACGCUGGAAGGCUAGCCUGCGCGGUUGUAUACCGAUCGCUUUGGUCGGUAGCAAGCAGAAGAAAUGAUAACCCACAUUUUCUUGUCCGCGCUCUUAGCGGGUCAAUAUCUCGAUGCGCCGACGACGCGCAGGAUAAGUUACGUGUCAGCAGUGUCAAUCAUCGUGAGCAAGACGAUCAGAAGCAUGCGUUUCUACCAGAGGAGAAACCGCCCAGCAACGAAUCACCACCUCAAGCAGCUGUGAUAGCGGACACCAAGCCACCAGAAGCGUCGCACCCUGCAGAGAUGGAUGUGGCUGCCUCGCCUUCUCUGACCUCGUGCUCGGCGAGCACAACUGGCGAGAGAAGCAAGAGUACCGCAAAUAGCGCCUCACCCUCAGCAACUGUUCUUGAACGUUUCCGCAGUACUUCAUCCUCUCUACCUUUGUUCGACGGACUGACAUCCUCCACCUCGGUCUCCACAGCGCUCUCGUCCAUCUCGUUGCAUACGCGUACGCUCCUCACACAACUCCGGACCAAACUCUCGCACCUCUCGUCGCAAUACAACAUGCACACAGGCUACACAGCGAUCGAAGAGCUGAAGCAUCGAAUUGGCACUCUGGAGACCUCGCUCGAAGCUGCGCGCACGCUAGCGUCCACUGCCAAGAAGACAUACCUGAUGGCGGUACAGGAACGGAGUGCAAGCCAGCGCGAAACCAAUGAUUUGCUCUCUCGCAAGAAUUCGUGGAGCGAAACCGAUCUUUCGCGGUACACCGAGUUGCUGCGAAAGGAGCACGCCUUGAGCCGACACGAGAGCGAGGCGGAAAAGGAGCUCGAGCGCAGUGAAGCCGAGGUGCAGGCGAGCUUCGAUCAGCUGAUGAAGGCGGUCCUGGUGAGGUAUCAUGAGGAGCAAGUGUGGUCGGAUCGCAUGCGCGGCAUGAGCACAUAUGCCAGUCUUGUGGUCGCCGGUCUCAACGCCUUUCUGUUCAUCCUUGCUAUCUUGCUCGUCGAGCCUUACAAGAGGAAAAAGCUGGCAGAGACCUUCGAGAAGAGGCUCGUCGCCGCAGAGCACGAGUCGAGACGCUUGAUCUUGGAUAGCGUCGAUGGAUUCCGCAGUGAGUUGAGUGUGGUGCUGGCGGGCAAGCCGGCCAAGCCGGUAAACGAGGUCGAGACCGAGGUGCCAUCGCUCAUCCCACCAGUAGCAGAGCACCAAGUGACGCAAGUACCGCCAGUCGUCGAACCAGAGACCCCACCUACAGCUACUCUCAAGCAACGACAUGUUCGUCAGGAUGAAGAACGGCUCGUGUUCGCGUCCACCGUCGGCGUGGUCGUCGGCGCGGCAUUGUCCCUCUUCAUUAGCGCAUGUUGGGCUUAG